AUGGCUGACGAACGGGAGGAAACUAGCCGCUUGUACGGCCCUCCAAGAAUCACAAUUGUUCCUCACGAAGGUCUUGAGGAAGGACCGCCCUUGCUGCACGCGAGCCGUCUUCCGAGCCAGCGUAGGUUAGCCACUAAAGCGGUUAUCACCAUGCUAACACUUUGA